AUGGAUCCCGGCACUGCUCUAGCUGUGGUAUCUCUGUCUUUCCAGGUAUUUGGCGGCAUCAUCCAGGGCUUCACGCUACUAGCGAAAGCGCGCAAUCUGGGCCGAGAUGCAACUCUUCUCCAAACUAUGUUGCGCGUGGAAGAGUCUCGCUUCAUACAGUGGGCGAAAGCUGUGGGGUUGCUGAAGGACUCCGAUUUGCAGUCUGCUGAGAGCAACGGCAAUGACCUCGAGCAUGAUACAGUAACCACUCAGGACGGCUACGGUACGAUCAGCCAGAGCUCAAUUGCGGCACACUCCGUGCUGAACGAAGCAAGUCUUGUUCAAGUACAGGUUGACCCUAGGCUCAAUUACACUUUGGCAUCUCAACUGAUGGCUCAGCUCCAGGUCAUUCUGACCACGGAUGGCCUUCGACAGCGGUACAAACUAGAUCUGGUGGAGAUGCCAGAUACCCCCGCUGGACCCAAUACUACGUCACUAAUUGAGAAGACCGAGACGGCAACGACAGUGUUGGAGAAACUCGUGCCAGAUACCUUGCGACAACGGAUCCUGUUCCGGGCAAGACUUGUACAGCAGAAGAGCCACCUUCCGAAGCGUCUUUGGUGGGCGGCAGUGGACAAGCAAAAAUUUGAGAACAUGGUCUGCGAUGUACGCAGCAUUGUGAACGGUCUGUGGAACUUGCUUGAUCCCGUACAACGAGAAGAUUCUUCGGCUAUGCUACGACAGAUCCUUGCUGGGGUCAUUCAAGUCAGUCAGAGCGUCAGCGAGUUGCGUGCUUUGCAGCAAUCCGGAGUUGCCGGUAGCAAUAUUACUCCCUCGUAUGCUGACGAUGUGGUUUCUCUGGCUGCAGAUCUCAAGUUGACACGCAUUGAGAUUAAAGACAUCGAGCUUGCUGGAAAGAUAGAGGCGCCGACUACUUCUGCAACCUUGACUGUCAUGAAUAGAAGAAUGUUGACCAACGUCACCCAGAUUUCAAUCAACGUCAACGUGGCUCAAGGCUUUUACGAUGGUCAACCAGUGUGGAUCGAGUACAAAGAUGUUCCGCAGAGACUGAAAAGCAAGCUGACUUCACGAGUCAAGAACCUUGCGCUACUGCUUGCUUUGACGAAGAAUCCUUCUUUUCACACAUUGCGAUGUCAGGGAUAUCUUGAAGAGGAAGCUCGGUUUGUCUUUAUAUACCAAUGGCCCGAGUCUUCCAUCAGCCAGAUAUCGGGGGAGACACGAUUCGCUAUGUCAUUGACCGAGCUAAUCCGCGACUCUAAAAAUUUUGCUUCAAUCAGUAUCACGGAUCGUCUACAGGUGGCCAGAGAGCUUUGCAAAACAUUACUAGCGUUUCAUACUGCUGGUUGGCUGCACAAAGAUAUCCGAUCCGACAACGUCAUGUUCUUUCGAGAAAAUGGCUGGUCCAUGCCAUACGUCACGGGGUUCAGCUUCGCAAGGCAGGACUCACCAAGCGAGAUCUCGGAGCAGCCAUCGCAAGAACCAUUGGAAGACAUAUAUCGCCAUCCUCAUGCAUUAGGCGAGCCGUCGACGUCCUUCCAGAAGCACAUGGACAUGUACAGUCUGGGCUUGUUGCUGCUGGAACUGGCGGAGUGGAAAACCCUGAAGCAUAUCGUUGCAAAAUGCGUCGAGGUAAGGAAAAUAGACAGCAAUGUUGGCGUGAGACUUGACAGCAUUGCCGAAAUCCCAAAAUGGUUGGACAAACACGUGGUUGCUACACGCAAGCUCAAUUUUCGCAUGGGUGAUAUUUAUGCUGAUGUCGCACAUACCUGUCUGAAGUAUGGGAUGACAUCCCCCGAUGAAUGCCCCGAUACGCUACCAGAUCUGCUUCGGUUCGUUCGAAAUCUCGAGCGAAUUUGCGUAUGA